UAGACCUUGUCAACAGACAAUUGUGUUCAGGAUUUAUCUUUUUGUUGUGCUUUGUGCUGUUUGGGAUGGUAUUUCAAGGUCAAAUAUGGAACCACGUGACGUUUAAGGUUGUUUCCGGUCUAUGGCGAAACAAACAAGAUGUGGAUUUGGUAGUUAAGGUAGCCGAGCAGCGCCGAGUUCCAGAAAUAAACUGUUCGGCGAUCUUCGCAGGAGAUAUCAAAACAACACUAGCAGCAAGGGAGAUAACUAAAACAAUAAAAGGGGGGAUAACUAACGAGUAUUACAUCAGCGCAACAAAAAACUGCCCACGUUUUAUUCAGACACGUGGUUAUAUAAACUCUACGUUAACAAAAGACGAAGAGGAUUUUCCCAUCGCGUUUUCUGUUUUAGUAUUCAAGGACGCCGAAAUGGUGGAGCGACUUCUUCGUGCUAUUUAUAGACCACAAAACGUUUACUGUAUACACGUAGAUAAAAAGUCUGGGACGGAAUUCUAUAAGGCUAUCUCCUCCAUAGCCGGUUGUUUUAGUAACGUUUUCUUGACGGCCAGAAGAGUGGAUGUGCGCUGGGGGACGUACAGUGUGCUGGAGCCGGAGCUGCUGUGUAUGCAGGAGCUGUGGAGGUUCAGGAGCUGGAGGUACUUCAUCAACCUGACGGGGCAGGAGUUCCCGCUCAGGACAAACUACGAGCUGGUCAAGAUCCUGCGGGCGUUUAAGGGGGCGAACAGCAUACAUGGGACAAUUAAACGCGCCAAUGUUGAAAGAUGGGGAAAUUUGGCUCCACCCCUGGGGAUUCGUGCAGUUAAAGGUUCAGUCCACAUCGCUGCAAACAGACAUUUUGUUGAUUACAUUCUGCACAACUCGACGGCCGAGGCUUUCCUCAACUGGACCAAGAGGACACGAGUCCCUGAUGAAACAUUUUUCGCUAGCCUCAACUACAACCCCCAGUUGGGGAUCAAGGGGUCGUUUACAGGUGAGCCAGACGAUUUGCAGGUGUUUCUCACGCGCUACAAAAUUUGGGCCGACCCAUCCAGGUGUGCUGGUAAACGUUUUCAGAGAUCUAUCUGCAUUUUAUCGACCGGCGACCUGCCCCAUCUGGGUGAGACUAAAAAACUGUUCGCCAACAAGUUUUACCUGGAGGCUGAUCGUCUGGUCAUCGGCUGUCUGGAGGAGAGGCUGUCCAACCGGACACGUGACCAGUACAUGGGGCGGGAACAAUUUGACGUCACGUUUUACAGCAACCAAACAUUCGUCACAGAACAAGUCACGUGAUAGCCAAAUGUAGACGAGUGAAAUGGUUUUGUUGCUAUUUUAGCGCAAUUUCCAUUCUGGAGAAUUGCGUUUAUUAAUUCGUCAUUUCUGGGAAUGGAUGGAUGAAUGAAUGUAUGGAUGAAUGUGUGUCCGGGCUUUAAGUCGUAUCUCCUCCUCAACGAAGCAAUAUCGAUGACUAGUUCCAAAGCAAUUUAGUUAAGCAAGUUACGAGAAUGAGCAUAGGCCAUAAAAAUUCCGGGUUUCUUUCAUGUAUUUCCCGGAAAAGCCAAAAAACCUCGAAAAAACUCAGUUUUUGGCCCAUAUCUCGGCAACCAGACCACUUAGCGACUUGAAACAUGUACCAAUCGAUUCCUGCCAUAAUUUAGAACAAUAUUGCCGAAGAAAGUUUUCAAAAAUAUCCUCUCGUUCGGUCACAAAUUUUAAAAUUACAUAAACACCUACAAACCGAUCGUUCUUCUAGCUAGAACGCACCCCAGCAAUAUACGUCAGAGCUAUUUUUAGAUAACAUAAGGAAAUUGCGCAUAAAUGUCACUAGACUUUUUUAUUAACUUGUUGUAUGUGAUUUGGAUAUGCUUAAACAGGUGUUUUGAUCCAUACUAAUCUUACCUUGGUUUCCUCUUUGAUUAGAUACGUAUGACUAAUUUAAUUUUCACGGCACUACUAGAAAUACGUGUAAUACCUUGUUCUUGUACUUAAUUUCAUGUGAUGUAUAAUAUCUGUGUGUUUCCCACUGAGAUUGUUAGUUUCACCAGUUUCUUCCAGGCACCUCUUCCUAACUCCGC